UUCAGCUUGAAAGAAAACACAUUACAACGAUGUGCGGAAUUUUCGCCUACCUGAAUUACAGAGUUCCACGAAAGAGGAGGGAUAUCUUUGAGACACUUGUAAAGGGACUUCAAAGGCUGGAGUACAGGGGUUAUGACUCCGCAGGUAUUGCAGUAGAUGGCCCUGUGAAAGAUGACGAAGCUAAAAUCUGCUUAUAUAAGAAGACCGGGAAGGUGAAAGCUCUUAAUGAAGAGAUCUACAAGAAUGACUCCAUUGACCUCGAAGCAGAACUUGACACACACUUUGGAAUUGCACACACGCGCUGGGCGACACACGGAGAGCCCAGUCCUCUCAACAGCCACCCUCACCGAUCCGACAAGAACAACGAGUUUGUUGUCAUCCACAAUGGCAUCAUCACAAAUUACAAGGAGCUGAAAAAGUACCUGGGUUCCAAAGGCUAUGAGUUUGAGUCGGACACAGACACGGAGGUCAUCCCUAAGUUGAUCAAGUACCUCUAUGACAACCGAGAGAACGAUUAUGUGUCCUUCUCCACCCUAGUGGAGCGCGUCAUCAAGCAGCUGGAAGGAGCAUUUGCUUUGGUUUUCAAAAGCAUUAAUUUCCCAGGAGAGGCUGUUGCCACCAGGAGAGGCAGUCCACUGCUCAUCGGCAUCCGCAGUCAAUAUGAACUUUCCACAGAGCAGAUUCCUGUCCAGUACAACUGCAGUGAUUCCAGAAGAGAUGAACAAGAGAAAAACCUGCAUAACGGAGUGGGAAGCUCUAAUGCCCUGCACUCAAUUGACGACAGACUGGCGGUGGAGUUUUACUUUGCUUCUGAUGCGAGUGCCAUCAUUGAGCACACCAACAAGGUGAUUUACGUGGAGGACGAUGACGUUGCUGUAGUGAUGGAGGGGAAGCUCUAUGUGCACCGCGUUAAGCGAGCGGCUGGAGAAGAUCCUGUCCGUGUCAUUCAAACCCUUCAGAUGGAGCUCCAGCAGAUCAUGAAAGGUAACUUCAAGGCCUUCAUGCAGAAGGAGAUCUUUGAACAGCCUGAAUCUGUCUACAACACCAUGAGAGGCAGAAUCUUUUUUGAAAAAAACACAGUUUUUCUCGGGGGUUUGACUGACCAUCUGAAAGAGAUCAAAAGAUGCAGACGCCUGAUCAUGAUUGGCUGCGGGACCAGUUAUCAUGCUGGAGUGGCGACUCGACAGAUCCUGGAGGAGUUGACUGAGCUUCCUGUUAUGGUGGAGCUGGCCAGUGAUUUCCUGGAUCGCAUCACUCCUGUCUUCAGAGAUGACGUCUGUUUCUUCAUCAGCCAGUCAGGCGAGACGGCGGACACUCUGAUGGCUCUCCGCUACUGUAAGAAGCGUGGGGCAUUGACUGUGGGCAUCACCAACACUGUGGGCAGCUCAAUCUGCAGAGAGACCGACUGUGGGGUUCACAUCAAUGCUGGGCCUGAGGUCGGGGUCGCCAGCACUAAGGCCUACACCAGCCAGUUUGUGUCUCUGAUCAUGUUCGGCCUGAUGAUGUGUGAAGACAGACUUUCACUGAAGCCGAGGAGAAAGGAGAUCAUCAGUGGCCUCAAUCAACUGCCAGAGUUGAUCAAGAAAGUUCUGGCUCAGGAUGACAAUAUCAAAACCAUUGCAGAGGAGCUUCACCAUCAGAGGUCUCUAUUAGUCAUGGGUCGAGGCUUCAACUACGCCACCUGUCUAGAGGGGGCGCUGAAAAUCAAAGAAAUCACAUACAUGCAUUCAGAGGGCAUUCUGGCUGGAGAGCUGAAGCACGGCCCAUUGGCACUCAUCGACAAGCACAUGCCAGUCAUCAUGAUCAUUAUGAGAGACGCCUGCUACCAAAAGUGUCAUAAUGCCUUGCAACAGGUCACAGCCAGACAGGGUCGCCCCAUCAUCAUAUGCUGCCAGGACGACCCAGAGAUCAGCAAAAUGGCCUAUAAGACUAUUGAACUGCCUCAAACAGUGGACUGUCUGCAGGGCAUCCUCAGUGUCAUUCCUCUGCAGCUCAUAUCGUUCCAUCUCGCCGUUCUCAGAGGAUAUGAUGUGGACUGCCCGAGGAACCUGGCCAAAUCUGUGACAGUGGAGUAACUCCUCGCUCAAAUGUGAACCAAUGAAAGUUGAAGAGGACGAUAC